UGGCUGAACUACAUCGCCAUUGCUGGUCGAAGGAGUCGGUGUAGCAGCAGCCCGUAGUUAGCCAGGGGAAGAUCUCAAGAGACAUAAGUAUAAGGACACGUUAAAAGUAGCCAUCACGUUGACAGUAGGUUUCUCGCAAGGGUUAGAAUUAAUACAGAAUUUGACUUCAGACUAGACGCUCCCUGGAAGGCCGGCUGAGAGAAGCCGUUGGUUAGCAUCAGAAGAAACUACAGGAGAGUGACAGAGGAACCGCCAUGGCUCAGAUACUGCCUAUUCGCUUUCAGGAGCACCUGCAGCUCCAGAAUUUGGGAAUCAAUCCGGCCAACAUCGGCUUCAGCACCCUUACGAUGGAGUCUGAUAAGUUCAUCUGCAUCAGGGAGAAAGUGGGUGAGCAGACUCAGGUGGUGAUCAUUGACUUGGCCGACCCCAAUACACCGAUCCGCAGGCCCAUCUCAGCUGACAGUGCCAUCAUGAAUCCAGCUAGCAAAGUCAUUGCACUUAAAGACGCUGCAAAAACCCUUCAGAUCUUUAACAUUGAGAUGAAGAGCAAAAUGAAGGCGCACACCAUGACAGACGAUGUUACUUUCUGGAAGUGGAUCUCCUUAAACACAGUAGCUCUCGUGACUGACACGGCUGUCUACCACUGGAGCAUGGAAGGAGACUCGCAGCCUGUGAAGGUCUUUGACCGCCAUUCCAGCCUGGCGGGCUGCCAGAUUAUCAACUACCGCACCGACGCAAAGCAGAAAUGGCUUCUGCUCAUUGGCAUUUCAGCUCAGCAAAACCGAGUGGUGGGGGCCAUGCAGCUGUACUCUGUAGACAGAAAGGUUUCUCAGCCCAUUGAAGGCCAUGCUGCCAGUUUUGCGCAAUUCAAGAUGGAAGGAAAUGCUGAAGAGUCAACUUUAUUCUGCUUCGCUGUCCGAGGCCAAGCUGGAGGAAAGUUGCACAUCAUUGAAGUAGGCACUCCACCAACCGGUAACCAGCCAUUUCCUAAAAAAGCAGUAGAUGUCUUCUUCCCUCCAGAAGCCCAGAAUGACUUUCCUGUGGCCAUGCAGAUCAGCUCCAAGCAUGAUGUGGUUUUUCUCAUUACCAAAUAUGGCUACAUCCACCUGUAUGAUUUGGAAACGGGAACCUGCAUAUACAUGAACCGCAUCAGUGGCGAGACCAUCUUUGUCACUGCUUCCCAUGAGCCCACCUCAGGAAUUAUUGGAGUCAACCGGAAGGGACAGGUGCUGUCUGUCUGUGUGGAAGAGGAAAACAUCAUUCCAUACAUCACCAAUGUGCUGCAGAAUCCAGACCUUGCUCUCCGUUUAGCUGUUCGCAACAACCUGGCAGGAGCUGAGGAGCUCUUUGCACGCAAGUUCAACAACUUAUUUGCUGCUGGCAACUAUGCUGAAGCUGCCAAAGUUGCUGCUAAUGCACCAAAGGGAAUCCUGCGUACCCCAGACACCAUUCGCCGUUUUCAGGGUGUUCCCACUCAGCCAGGCCAGACCUCUCCCUUGCUGCAGUACUUUGGUAUCCUGUUGGACCAGGGCCAGCUGAACAAGUUUGAGUCCCUGGAGCUCUGUAGGCCUGUCCUCCAGCAGGGAAGAAAGCAGCUUUUGGAAAAGUGGCUCAAAGAGGACAAGUUGGAAUGUUCUGAGGAGCUGGGUGAUCUAGUGAAGGCAGUGGAUCCCACCUUGGCUCUUAGUGUCUACUUGAGGGCCAACGUCCCCAACAAGGUUAUUCAGUGCUUUGCAGAAACGGGUCAGUUCCCCAAGAUUGUCCUGUAUGCAAAGAAGGUUGGCUACACCCCGGAUUGGAUCUUUCUGCUCAGGAAUGUCAUGCGGAUCAAUCCAGAACAAGGUCUGCAGUUUGCGCAGAUGCUGGUCCAAGAUGAGGAACCUUUGGCUGACAUCACACAGAUUGUGGACGUGUUCAUGGAGUACAACCUGAUCCAGCAAUGCACCUCUUUCCUCCUUGAUGCUCUCAAGAACAACAGACCCUCAGAAGGACCGCUGCAGACUCGCUUGUUGGAGAUGAAUCUCAUGCAUGCUCCUCAGGUUGCUGACGCCAUCUUAGGCAACCAGAUGUUUACCAAUUACGACCGUGCUCACAUUGCCCAGCUGUGUGAGAAAGCUGGACUGCUGCAAAGAGCUCUGGAACACUACACAGACCUGUAUGACAUCAAACGUGCUGUGGUGCACACGCACCUUCUCAACCCAGAAUGGCUGGUGAACUACUUCGGCUCGCUUUCAGUAGAAGACUCUUUGGAGUGCCUCAGGGCCAUGCUUUCUGCAAACAUUCGCCAGAACCUGCAGAUCUGUGUCCAGGUGGCCUCCAAGUACCACGAACAGCUGACCACGCUAGCCCUCAUUGAACUGUUUGAGUCUUUUAAGAGCUUUGAAGGUUUGUUUUACUUCCUGGGCUCCAUUGUAAACUUCAGCCAGGAUCCCGACGUUCAUUUCAAAUACAUUCAGGCUGCCUGCAAGACGGGCCAAAUCAAAGAGGUGGAGAGGAUCUGUCGAGAGAGCAACUGCUAUGACCCGGAGCGUGUUAAGAACUUCCUCAAGGAGGCCAAACUGACUGACCAGCUGCCGCUCAUCAUCGUUUGUGACCGUUUUGACUUCGUCCACGACCUGGUCCUCUAUCUGUACCGCAACAACCUGCAGAAGUACAUUGAGAUUUACGUACAAAAGGUGAAUCCCAGCCGUCUGCCUGUUGUAAUUGGAGGUCUUUUGGAUGUGGACUGCUCUGAGGAUGUCAUUAAAAGCCUGAUCUUGGUUGUCAGAGGCCAGUUUUCCACAGAUGAGUUAGUUGCUGAAGUAGAAAAGAGAAAUAGGCUGAAGCUGCUGCUGCCUUGGCUGGAGUCUCGCAUCCAUGAAGGCUGUGAAGAGCCUGCUACCCAUAAUGCCCUUGCUAAAAUCUACAUUGAUAGCAAUAACAACCCUGAACGCUUCCUUCGGGAAAACCCUUACUAUGACAGCCGUGUGGUAGGGAAGUACUGCGAGAAGAGAGACCCUCACCUGGCCUGUGUGGCUUAUGAGCGAGGAACGUGCGACCAGGAGCUCAUUAAUGUCUGCAAUGAGAACUCCCUCUUCAAGAGUUUGUCUCGCUACCUGGUCAAACGCAAAGACCCGGAUCUGUGGGCCAGUGUGCUGCUCGAGACCAACCCCUACAGACGACCACUCAUCGAUCAGGUGGUGCAAACAGCGCUGUCGGAGACCCAGGACCCAGAGGAGGUAUCUGUCACCGUUAAGGCCUUCAUGACUGCCGACUUGCCCAAUGAGCUCAUUGAAUUACUGGAGAAGAUUGUGCUGGACAAUUCUGUCUUCAGUGAACACAGAAAUCUGCAGAACCUGCUGAUCCUGACUGCAAUUAAAGCUGACCGCACCCGUGUGAUGGAGUACAUCAGCAGGCUAGACAACUAUGAUGCUCCUGACAUUGCAAACAUCGCCAUUAGCAACGAACUCUUUGAGGAAGCCUUUGCCAUCUUCAAGAAGUUUGACGUCAACACCUCUGCUGUGCAGGUGCUCAUUGAGCAUAUUGGCAACCUGGACCGAGCAUACGAGUUUGCAGAACGUUGCAACGAGCCGGCCGUAUGGAGCCAACUGGCUAAGGCUCAGCUACAGAAGGAGCUAGUUAAAGAGGCCAUUGACUCCUACAUUAAAGCUGAUGACCCAUCUGCUUACAUGGAGGUCGUACAGGCAGCUGACAAGAGUGGUAAUUGGGAAGACUUGGUGAAAUUCCUUCAAAUGGCUCGAAAGAAGGCUCGCGAGUCUUACGUAGAGACAGAGCUGAUCUUUGCCUUGGCCAAAACCAAUCGUCUGGCUGAACUUGAAGAAUUUAUCAAUGGACCCAACAACGCUCACAUCCAACAGGUUGGCGACCGCUGCUACGAUGAAAAAAUGUAUGAGGCGGCUAAACUGCUUUACAACAAUGUGUCCAACUUUGGCCGCCUGGCUUCAACCCUGGUGCACCUGGGAGAGUACCAGGCUGCUGUAGAUGGUGCUCGCAAGGCCAACAGCACUCGCACCUGGAAAGAGGUGUGCUUCGCCUGUGUGGAUGGACAGGAAUUUAGACUGGCUCAAAUGUGCGGCCUGCACAUUGUGGUUCAUGCUGACGAGUUGGAGGAACUAAUCAACUACUACCAGGACCGUGGCUACUUCGAAGAGUUGAUCACCAUGCUAGAGGCUGCUCUCGGCCUUGAGCGAGCCCACAUGGGUAUGUUCACGGAGCUCGCCAUCCUUUACUCCAAGUUCAAGCCACAAAAGAUGAGGGAGCACCUGGAGCUCUUCUGGUCCAGAGUUAACAUCCCGAAGGUCCUAAGGGCAGCAGAGCACGCUCAUUUGUGGGCUGAACUGGUGUUCCUGUACGACAAGUACGAGGAGUACGACAAUGCCAUCAUUACCAUGAUGAACCACCCAACGGAUGCCUGGAAGGAGGGCCAGUUCAAAGACAUCAUCACCAAAGUGGCCAAUGUGGAGUUGUACUACAAAGCUAUUCAGUUCUACCUGGAGUUCAAGCCUUUGUUACUGAAUGAUUUGCUCUUGGUGCUCUCGCCCAGACUGGACCACUCGCGCGCUGUCAUCUUCUUCACCAAGGUGAAGCAGUUGCCUCUGGUCAAGCCUUACCUGCGGUCCGUACAGAACCACAACAACAAAUCAGUCAACGAAGCACUUAACAACCUCUUCAUCUCAGAGGAGGACUAUCAGGCACUCAGAACAUCAAUAGAUGCCUACGACAACUUUGACAACAUCUCUUUGGCCCAACGUUUGGAGAAACACGAGCUAAUUGAGUUCAGAAGAAUUGCUGCCUACCUUUUCAAAGGCAACAACCGCUGGAAACAGAGCGUGGAGCUGUGCAAGAAAGACAAGCUUUACAAGGAUGCCAUGCAGUAUGCAUCAGAGUCCAAGGACAUAGAGCUGGCAGAAGAGCUGCUCUCCUGGUUCCUUCAGGAGAAUAAGAGGGAGUGUUUUGCAGCCUGCCUGUUCUCCUGCUACGACCUGCUACGACCAGAUGUGGUGCUGGAGACAUCCUGGAGACACAACAUCAUGGACUUUUCUAUGCCAUACUUCAUCCAGGUCAUGAGGGAGUAUCUGUCCAAGGUUGAUGCAGUAGAAAAUGAGGUCGAUAAACUUGAAACCUCAGAGUCGCUGAGGAAAGAGGAGGAGCAGGCAACAGAGACGCAACCAAUUGUCUACGGAACGCCGCAGCUGAUGCUGACGGCGGGUCCCAGCGUACCCGUGGCCCCUCCUCAGCCGUAUGGCUACGGCUUCCAGCCAGGAUUUACUCAACCGGCAGCUCAGCCAGGCUUCGGCUACGGCAUGUAAAGACCCUGACCCCCCCCCCCACACCUUUUCUGUCCACAUCCAGUCUGGAGCUGCAUCCAUCCAUCUCCCACAGUCCUUCUCCACAUCAUGAUUGUCUCUCCAGGUUCUGUACGGAGCUGGAGUUUAUCGCUGAAAACCUUUUCUUUUCCAAACCUUUUUUUUUUUUUUUUAAACUUGUCAUGAAGGACUCAGCUAUAUUUUUGUCAAAAAGAUUAAAAAAUCAAAUAAUUUUCUCACAUUCCAUAAUAACUAGAUUAAAAUUUCCUUCUUUUUUUUUUGAGUGGGAAGUGGUUUCUGUUGAAUGAGGGGCUUGUGGGAGGAGCCAGAUCUCUUGUCAAGUGAAAACAAAAAAAAAAAACAGGUCUGUUGUGAAGCAUCUGAUUUGCACUCUGUUAGAAGAAAUUAUUGUAGAACUUCUUUCAUGUAUGUGAGCAGCUUUUUCUGUCCCCCUGUAAAAUGCAUUUAAUCGUUGUAUAUUCCGACACAGAAACUGCUGUCAAGGUCCUUUCUACAGCACCACCAUCAAACCAACUGCCGCUUCGUUGACCACGGUUGUGAAACACUACGUCUCCUAAGCUCUCUCUCACAGCUCGUUUUGGAAGAAUAUUUGAAACAAAAUUUACAGAAACGUUUAUUUUCAGCAAAGGUUCCCUUGUUGAUCUUUUUAGAGAAAGUUUCCACGUUGCUUUAACAGAAAACCAUUCCACCUCAGGAGGGACUGAACAUCUGCCUGCGUGCAACUAACACGCCGUUACUGACUGCAAGAGAUGAUGUUGAAACGUUCUGGUCCCGCUGUGUGCUCACCAGCAUCUAACUUAUACAGUUGACCUGCUCGUCCUGAAUAUAAACACAUGUGGAGGGUGGGGUUGAAGUUUUUAUUAAAGGCUUGCUUGUAUAAAAGAAAUCAAACAUUAACUCCUUAUAUUAUCAAAUUUAUCUUGGAUUAAAUUGUGCACUUAUGAUAUUUGAUUGUGCAUUAUCAGGAUCAGAAUAAAUGAAAGAGCCGCUCUGUUUUUCACUUAAAAAAAUAAAAGCUUCUUGUUUGUCAA